CGUUCUCCGACGCCGAAAAUUUUACUUCUGUUUGAUUGUGCGCCUUGAAUUUUUAGGUCUAGGCUGCUGUUUUAAUCCAAAACUAUAUCAAAGAUUUGAACUAUCUUGCUGAAAAUCGGUUCAAUUUGACUCAAGAUGUUUUUUUUUCUAAUUAAUUUGAAGCUCUCGAUUUAUCAGUAGCCAGAUUCUAUGGUUGAUAACUCCUUGUAUUUUGUUAAAGAAGAAAUUGCAGUCUGGGUUUUGAGAAAUUUGAAACUUUCGAAGGUAAUUCAAGUAUAAAAUGCUUAAAUGAUGUGUGGUGGGUUUGGUUUCUUGAGUUGAGCAAUGAGGUGAUUGAGAUUCAUAUGGAUAUAAUACGCUACUGUUGAUCGUAUUAGUGUUUGGUAAUGUUUGGAUAUUUCUCUGAUGUUCUCGUUGUAUUUAUAUUUUGGAUAUUAAUGCUCGUUUGUUUUUCUUGUUUUUAUGGAGUGCUGGUUAUGAUCUUUUAAAGCCGUGCAUAGAUGGGUUAUCGAUUGAGCUGUUUUUGUUAACUGGGUUGCAUCAAGUUUGCAGACUGUUGUUUUUGGUAGUAGAUUUAUAGCUGUUGGGACUACAGAUCUCAAGCCAGGAAAUAGAAUCGUUAGCAGACGGUGUUGGGAUGUGUGGAUCCUGGUUCAAGGUAGGUGAACAUAGCGACCUGAUUUAGUCUCACGUGUCACAAAGUAUUCGUUGCUGAAAGAGCUGUGGGUUCCGUGAGAAAAUCCUGUGGUGUGUUUUGAAGUUGGACCAUAUGUAUUGCUUAGAGGAUCGAGCAACUAUCAACAAUUUACUGCCGUAUGAGAAGUUUCUAGCAUUGAAAUUAUGCCUUUUGUUUUUGGGUUCUUUUCAUCAAGUGCCGAAGCCUGAGAUGAUUAUUUCUUGAUUCCUCAGAAAAUAAAAAAAGAUGGUGCUUUUGCUGCAAGAAGGUUUUUAUAUUUCUUAGUCAAAGAAAGGCCCUAUGUCUGUUUUUCUUGAAAAAGAUUUUGGAGCCGGAUAGUCUCUCCUCCUCCUCUUCCAAGUUCGUAUAUUUCUAUUCUCAUAGAAUUCAGUGGACCAUCUGCCUCAACUCAUCAUCUGUUAUGUGGAGACUUUGUUGAUGGCCGCACAAAGCUUUGUUGUCUCUGCCAAUUUGUUUCAGUUAUGGUAAACUUCUGAUGACUGAUUGGUUGAGGUUCCAAAGUUUCCAAUUUAUUUAGUCCUUCCUUGAGUUGUUAGUCUGGGUUAGUGACUCUAAUCUGUUUUUGGCUGGCAAUGGGAUCCUCUCAUCUGCUAAUGCGGAGCACUCUUGAAGUAUGAGCAUGCUUUUGAUUGCACUUGAACUUGAACUUUGUUUGAACUACUUCUAGCUCUUUCCUUGUUAUUGUUUUGUUGUCAUGAUUAAGUUAUUCUUGCCGGUUUAGUGGGGAAUGAAGAUCAUCUAGACCUUGUAGAGUUUUUUGACAUUAGCUCUGGAUCCUCCAACACUGUCAAUCUGGCAAGUCCACAUUUGGCGAUGUUUAUCUCAUGCAGGCUGUUGGUGUUUUGAGUCAUCGUCCAGAAUAGUUUUCUGUUUGAAGGCAUCAGAAGGAGUAUUCUGUUUGAUUAUUAUGCUGCAUGGACAAGUCUGAGUGUUUAGCAACAUCCGUGUGGCACUGUCUAUUGUGGUUACUAGUGUACAUGUAGUUGCAACUUUGACUUAAGAUUCAAUUAUCUGAGAGCGUGAAUUUAAAAGUACUAAAAAAAUCUACUUCCUCUUAAAAAUUUAAAAAACCCAGAACACGGAUAUGAUUUCAGGUGUUUACUGCAUCUAGAUUGUUUGUUGGAAAGAGAAUCAGCAUUUUCUUGGAGAGGGUAUCUUGGCUGUAUAUGAAUUUUUGGUUAACUGUUGCUGACUUGUUGGAAGACUGAAGGAGCUAGGGAGUAUAAAAUAAGUUGGUCCUAAAUUGCAGAGUACUGAUGGUUGCUGCCAGUCAACUAGAUGUAUCUUGGCUGUUUAGGAAUCUAUUCAAAUGUUGCCGACUUAUUGAAAGACUGAAGGAGCUAGGUAGUUACGGAACAUUUGGUCAAAAUAUGCAGAGUAAAGAGGGUUGCUGCCAGUAACUAGAUGUUUUUGGGUGUUCUUAAGUUGUUAAUUUUGAGUAGUGUAAAGAUCAACUGCUGCGAGAACUGCCUUUCUCUGGCUGAUCUGUGUAGUGCUUCCAGAAGUUAGAUUGGUUUUUUGACUACAAGGUGGAUUUUGUGGUGUCAAUGUAACUGCUGAUAUGCUUUAUAGUGUUCUGGGCAUAUAUACUAUACUUUGAAUCUUGUUAGGGAUUAGUUAUCAGUUUAUGCUGGAACUAGUACAUUGAUGUUGUGGGAAUCCAAGGUCAGUGGCCAUCUAUUGUCAGAUGUGGAUUCUUCUAAUAUCAGAAAAUUUCCAGUAUGAACAGGGUGCUCUGUGAUCCAUAUAUAAUGGAAAGUAAGUAUCAACUCAUUGAAUUUUAAUUACCAGCUGGAUCAAUGCAAAAACGUAUUUUAGAUCAUGUUGGAAAGAGAUACACGGCGUCCUCGUGGUUUUGGUUUUAUUACAUUUGGAGAUCGACGAGCAAUGGAAGAUGCAAUCCGGGAGAUGCAUGGACAGGAGUUGGGUUCUCGCACUAUCUCCGUGAACAAAGCCCAACCCAGAAUGGGAGGUGACGAUUCUGACCACGGUUAUAGAGGAGGGGGAGGGGGAGGAUACUCUUCUGGUGGCAGGAGAAGCUAUGGAGGAGGUGCGGAUAGAUCUGUGGGCCAAGAUGAAUGCUUCAAGUGUGGCCGUACAGGACAUUGGGCUCGAGACUGCCCUUCAGCUGGUGGUGGAAGAGGUGGAGGGGGAGGUUCAUUCUCUUCGCACUCUAGGUUUGGGGCAGGUGGCCGUGCAGAUCGCUUUGGGGGAGAUCAUGAUCGCUACAUGGAUGACCGUUACGAUGGAGGACGCUAUGGAGAUAGGGAUCGGUUUGACAGCAGGGAGGACAAAUAUGGGAGCCGUGAUCGCUAUAUGAGUGACAGGUACCCAGCUGGUGAUCGUUUUGCUAGUGACAGAUAUGGAGGUCCUGAUCGUUAUCCUCAAAAUGGCUAUGGAAAGGACAGAGGGUAUGAUAGGGAUGGUGGAGUAAGAGGUGGCAGUGAUAGAUAUGGAAGAGGAGGUCCAGUAAGAGAUGAGGGAGGUUACCGUAGCAGGGCUGGCCCUUACGACCGCCCUAGCAGGGGAGGACGCCCAUCUUCCUUUGACCGCUACUAGUCUCUGAAUGUUGGGUGGUCGUUUAAUGGAACUUGUAGCUGUUAUGCUUACUCUUGUUAGAUUCUUGAUGUUGGAUGUUGAAAGUAAAUUUCUGUAGGAUGAUUUUAUGCCUGUAUUGUGGACUUCUAGUUGCCUGUUUUAAGUAUAACUUGUGAGUUGUGACCC